AUUUUUAUUUUUAAGGUACAUUAUUCCUAGACCUAGCAGCAAAAUGGCAACUCUGCAGGAAACAGAAAACACAUCAGCUGACUAUGCCACCUCACCUAUUCGUGGAUCUGGAGAUGGCAUGGAAACCGAGCAACCACCUAAAUCUGUUGAAAUUGUCCACACCUCAAUCAGUCAUGCCCAACUCAGCCCACACAAGAAAGUUCUUCCUUCACUAAGUCCCGGAGUUCUUCAGCUGGGGAAGAUACACGGUGAUAAAGCAGUGGAGAUUGAAGCUGUACGAAUUCUGGUUCCUAAAGCUGCAAUUAAGCAUGUUGUCCCUACCAAAAAUGCAAAGGUGUCUAAGUCUCUUGGACACCAGAGAGAAACACUCAGCCAAUCAGAUGGAAUUUCAGAGAAUAACAAAGAUCUGCUGGAGCUAAAAAAUGCAGUUGAAAAGCUCAGGAACUCAGAAAAAAGAUUGCUGCAGGAUAAAGAAGGCCUUUCCAACCAGCUCCAUGUACAGACAGAGGUCAAUCGGGAGCUGAAGAAGCUACUUGUUGCUUCCGUUGGGGAUGACCUGCAAUAUCACUUUGAACGCAUGGCACGUGAGAAAAAUCAACUGAUCCUUGAAAAUGAGGCCCUGGGGCGGAAUGUGUCUCAGCUAUCUGAACAGUUAGAGAGGAUGUCUAUACAAUGUGAUGUUUGGCGGAGCAAAUUUCUAGCAAGCAGAGUCAUGACUGAUGAGUUAACUAACUUCAGAGCAAUUCUCCAGCGUCAAUUCAGGGAUGCUCAAAGUGCAAUUCAGGAUCUGCUAAGUGAACGGGACCAGUUUCGGCAAGAAAUGAUUGCUACACAAAAAUUGCUGGAAGAGCUGCUGGUUUCUCUGCAGUGGGGGAGACAACAGACUUACUAUCCUAGCGCGCAGCCUCAUAAUACAGCAGAACUAGCAGCGGUGAAUCAUAAAUUAGCUAAAGCAGUGACCUCUCACCUCCUUGGAAAUGCUGAUGCAUCUAACAAUCCAAAAAAGAAUUUCUCACCUACAGAACUGUGCAGCACUCCUGCUGAAAAAAUGGCUGAAAUGAUAUUAAGAAUGCUGGAUCCUGGUGCCUGUCCAGAAGCAUCACCUGAACUUUCUUUUCCCGAGUCUUCACCAGCCUCUUUCCUUUCACCAAAGAAGAAUAUAGGACGGUUCCACCCAUACACUAGAUAUGAAAACAUCACUUUCAACUGCUGCAAUCACUGCCAGGGAGAACUGAUAGUUCUUUAAAGUUGGACCUGUGCUCUUCUACAGCUAGAAUUGUUGCAUUGGUACACUUUAGCAGGGAUCUACACUGUUAACUCCUUUGUGGUUUUUCUAAAGGGAUGGGUUGCUCUCUGCUUGCCAAGCAGUUUUGCUGAAAGUCUGGGGCUUUCAAAGAUUGCAUCACAGUGCAGUAACAGGAGCAGCACUACACAAGAUGAUAUUUUACACUGUACCCAGUCUCUUAAAUGCAUACAGUUUAUAGGUGCAAAGGGGAAGAAUAGUAUACCCCACAAGCAUCAGACCUUGGACAGAAGUAGGCAUCUGCUGUUCCCUCAUUAAAGUUAUUAAAAAUGACAAUGAGUGCAGUGUUAAAAUACUGAAGUUGUUUUAGCAUAUUACCUAAGCAAGUACAAAUCUUUUUCUUUUGAAGAAAAGGCAACUUUUGGGUAUAACUAUUUAAAUAUUCUCUUGAUUGAAACUGAAUGAAUUCUAGAGUGUAUGAGGUGUUCCACAUGAAAUUGAAACCAAAGAGUAACAGCAUCAAACUAUUGCAUAUGUGAAUCUAAGUGUAUGAGGUAUCUCUAACACAGGCUUAAUAAUGCUUGAAUAAGCAUGUAUGGUGGAGUAUACAUGUAGAAAGCAUCUUCUGGUGCUGUUAGACUUGGAAAAGCUGAUAUUCCAGCUGUACCUCAAGGAACCAAGAUGUGUAUGGUUGUAUUUUUUUCCCAUUUAAAGUUCUAGUAUGGUAAUAAUGUAAAUCAUGGAUUAAGAAGUGUUUCUGGGUUUGGCUCACUGUGGUCUGGGUUACUGAAUACCUUCACAAUAAAUAUUAAUUGCAUUUUU